GAGGCGGAAGCGCAGUGUGUGUGUGUGUGUGUGUGUGUAUGUGCUGCGGUUGUGUCGCUCUCUCGCUUGUUUCCUGUUGAAAGCAACAGCAGCCAGAGCUGGCGGUUGGGUGAAGUUGAGGCAGCUGUUCCAGAGACGGGAGGGCGAGAGCGGGAACUUAAGCCGUCAGCUGAAAGCGGUGGAGGCCUGAAGCGAACAGCGUUCAUUCAGUCACUCACAGGCCGUCCACUCUGGGAAAGCUGUGUCUUUAGAGACUGAUGAUCAUUCAACACUACCUCUGAACUGAGACAUCAAUCAAUUUGAAAUGGAUACCGACAAUGCAACGAAGCGGCAGUCGCCUCGAACGGAGAGUUACGACCAAAAGCUGGAGCACCGGGCCGCGAAACACGAAUGCCUGCGGGACCGCAACAACGUCACCAGCUGCCGCAGUCCGGGCACUCCGCAGGAGUCCGAGUGGAAGAGCAAUAUGCGGAGGAAAAGACAACGUGAGUUCCAGAAAAGGAGGCAAAUUAACAGCGAGGCAUCACUUCCCGCCCCCGCGAAGGAUACUGCUCCAAAGGAGAAACUGACCCUGAGGGGGAACAGACGGAAAGUGCCGUUAAUCCACAGGCAGUCACUGGUAACAUCAGAGGAUUUGGGGAUCACCUGGCCAGAUAUUAAUGCACUUGCACAGGCAGCGUGGACGUCAUCAGUGGAUACUGGACAGGAGCAUCACACAGGAAUGACAAGCAGUAUUCCUGACACAGCAUCCAGCACAGCCACUCUUAAGGAGGGAGGGAGCCCUCAGAGGAGGGGUGUGAGAACCUGUGAGGGAGUUCAAACCAACCAAAAGAGCAGACACCUCAGUCUGAGUGACUUUAGCUCCCAGACAGAGUGUGGUUAUGUAACCAUAAAGGAGGAGGAUCUUAUUCAGCUGGGGGAGUAUUUAAAGGAGGCGCUGUGGAGAGAGGAGGCCCUUAAACAGAAGCUGGCUCUCCUGCAGCGGGAUACCUCCAACUUACUGCUGUACUGUGACAAAAUGUGGAGGGCAUGCUUUAAGGAAGACCUGAUGAACUGUAAAAUUGGUGCUCUUGAGUCUCAGCUACAGGUGUGCGUCCAGAGGUUUUCUAAGGACGAGGGGAAGAGGCUGCUGAUGAUGAUGGAGGAGCAGUUCCGUCUGGAGGAGGAGAGGACGGUGGCCUGCCUGCAGAGGAUCACAGAGGAGAAGACACAGGCCGUGGAAAGGGUGUUUAGCCUAGAGAGGGCGUUGGAGAGAGUCCAGGAGGAGUCAAAUCACUGGCGGCAGCUCCAUGAGGAGCAGGGAUCGGCGUGUGCCCAGCUGAGAGUGUCCUUACAUCAGAGCUCUGACCAGAUACACAGCCUGCAGGGCCAGCUGGAGAAGUCAGCGCUCCACGAGAAGGUUCUGCAGGAGAAUCUGCUGCAGCUGCAAGAUCAGUACACCAGUCUGCACCACCAUGCCACGUCCCUGGAGCAGGACCAGCCCUGUGCUUAUAACAAGGAUCAGAAUUCUUCAACAGCCCCAGUUUCAAUUAGUGGCCACCAAAGCACAGACCAAGCUCCGUGCCAUGGAGGGAGACAGAAUACUAUGGUAGUACCAGAGCUCUCCACUACAGAUCACAACUCUCACCCAGGGCUUAGAGCCCCACAACAGGGGACAGCUCGGAACAAAAGGGGGAUGAGGUGCCACAUCCUUCGGGCUGCCUUCUGUCUGUUCGUACUGAUCCUGUUCCUGGUUGCCAUGACCUUCUUGUGGUUCCAUCAUCCAAUGAACAAAGAGGAGCUGGAGAAGCUGUAUCAGAUCAUGGAGAACUUUGCAGAGAGAUGCAUACAGGAAGUGACCUCACUAGAGUAUCCAAAGUGCUUUAGACCCAUAUGACAAUAGACCAACUGGAGAAAGCAGUCUAAGCUAUGAAACAUUUUUUUAUUUACUUUUAAGUUUGUACAGAUGCACUUAGCACAUCUAAUGUAUCCAAUUACAUGUUUUUAUAGUGAAGCUAUUUAGUAUUAUUUGAAACUUGAAAGUGGAUUUAACUUGUGGUAAUAUAAAUUCAAA